AUGCCGAAACCAGCACACGAAGUCGUGCGAGGCUUUUUUGAUAAAGCAAUCAACUCACUCCUGUCGAGCAUGAACCUGGGAGAUCAGCUAGAGCAGGAUGGCUCAACCGGAAUCGAUGUUGGAGGCGCAAGCAGGGAGCCGGAUGGCCAAUGGGUAUUAAACCCAGUCCCCGCUGGGUCCCCAUCGAAACCAACAAUGAUCCUUGAAGUCGGGCUAUCAGAGAGCAUGGCCGAGUUGCGCAGAGAUGCGCAGAUGUGGACCGAUCCAAACCGGGGAGGAAUCAACAUUGCCAUGAUGCUCAAGGUCGAUCGAAGAAGACCCAAGAUUACGAUUGAGAUGUGGACAUGGGAUCCAGUAAGUGUUCAAGCCCAAUGCAGAAGAACAGUUGUUAUUUGCGAGAGUCAGUCUGGGGACAAGGUUACCAUCACAGGAGUCCCUUUCAAGAUCCCUUUUGAUCUCCUUUUUCGUCGAAAUCCCACAGGCCGCUUGGGAAAGGAUAUAUCCCUUGACCGAAAGAUGUUCGAAAAGUUAGCUAGGAGGGUUUGGGACUGCCAGGACUUCUGA